UGACCAGCACAUGCGGAAACCACCUCGCCUUUCUUAUUUGCUUUCUUACACUAAUUUUUUAACUCUUAAUGCACGAAAUGAGUGCCUCUGGAAGCACCCCGUCGCAAUCACCGCCAGCCGACAUACUGCCCACGUACGAGGAGACGCUGGCAGCGCGCAAACACUACCAUUUAAAGUACCCGCAGGUGCUGUCGCGCAGCGUGCAGGCAGUCGACACCGACACACAGCAGGUAAUUUGCACGAAAAAGGUCAAGGGCCUGACGCCGGCAGUGCAGCAAUUCCUCGACGCUACGGGCAAAUUACUGUGGACAUGCCACCGCAACAUGCAGGGGUUCGAGCUCGUGUUCUCGCGCACUAUCGAGAUGCCGCCGCCGCCGCCACCGCCCGAGUCCCUGGCGCCCAUGUACGAGGAGCUGGCAGAGCCGGUGGACGGGCCGGCGUAUUAUGACGACGAUAUCGGCACGACAUCGCAAUUGGACAGCAAGCCCCUGGAAUACAUCUCUACCGAGAGUUCGCCGCCCCCACCGCCGCCGGCCUACGAGGAAAGCGAGAAUACGCAGAAAAUCACACUGACCUCGCUUUACCCGCUGCCGUUCAUGUACAGCUUCACGUACCCGGGCGACCUGCAGCUCAAGUGGGCGAGGAAUAGCGAGGCAAAGAACCCGGCGGUGGUGUCGAGGGAGCAGCCGUGGACGGCGUUUACGUGCGUGGACAAGGCGACUGGUAGGCUGCUGGCGGAGGUGGUCAGGUAUUCGAAAAAGGACAGCGAGCUGGGCACGCUGGUGGUGCAUGGCGAGAUGGACAGGGAGAUGGAGGUGUUUUUGGUGGUCUCGGCUAUCCCGGUGGUCGAGGAGUACCCGGUCAGGCAUCUGCGGUACAGUAGCAUGUCGACGAUCCCGGUGUAGGGCCUUUACUUCUAAAAGUGUACUUGUAGUGUAAAAACACUUUGGGCAUGUGCCGCUGUGUGACAAAUACAGGUGAAGCUGUAUAAAAGCCUUUCUGAGCCCCUUCUCAGAGCCCCGCCCUUUCAGCUCUUAUUAUUUCAGCAAAGAAACAAAGCAGCACGCAUGAUCAUCUUUAUCCUCGACGUUAUCAUCAUGCAUAUCCGGCGUUUCCUCAACGCCCGGCGGCACUACAGGAGCAUGCUUGGCCGGCUGUAGCUAGCUUAUGUAUAAAAGAAAAUAAAUCCUCGGCUAUUU